GGAGGCGGGCUUGGGAACGGUGCUUCUCCCGGCCCUGGGCCAGAACGCAGGGAGUAAGCCGAGGCAGCCCGUUCACCAUUGCAUCUCAUUAAGGGGUGCUUCCUGCCGCGCAGGGCGGGCUCUGCGGCUCUUCGAGAGCUCUUAAGGCUUUGUACACAUGAGGAGGCACUCAGCUCCGGUAUGAGUCCCGAGUUUAUUGAACCCUGCGUUUCAGUCUCCUCGCACCGCUGUCUGGUGUAACGCGGCCCGUCCGAACGGAAAAGUUUCUCCCCAGGAGGUUGCCUGGACGGCUGUUAGUCGUCUAGUGUCCCCGGCCGUGGCGUAACAUAAGUAGUCGCUUUGCCACUUCGUUUCGUAUUGCACGCAGCCGUGGGAUCCACAGGACUGUGCUCUUAAAACCUCUGGGAUUAGAUAAAAAGAAAAUUAAAGUCAUCUCUAUGAAACUGAUACCCAGUUAAGUGUAACUUUUGAUGUAUGGUCUCUAAAGCCCCCCACUAUGCCAGCAGCUACCGUAGAUCAUAGCCAAAGAAUCUGUGAAGUUUGGGCUUGUAACUUAGAUGAAGAGAUGAAGAAAAUUCGUCAGGUUAUACGGAAGUAUAACUAUGUAGCUAUGGAUACAGAAUUUCCAGGAGUAGUUGCAAGGCCUAUUGGAGAAUUCAGAAGCAAUGCAGACUAUCAGUACCAGUUACUACGCUGCAACGUAGACUUGCUAAAAAUAAUUCAGCUAGGACUGACAUUUAUGAACGAGCAAGGAGAAUACCCUCCAGGAACUUCAACUUGGCAAUUCAAUUUUAAAUUUAAUUUAACAGAAGAUAUGUAUGCCCAGGACUCUAUUGAACUGUUGACAACAUCUGGUAUCCAGUUUAAAAAGCAUGAAGAAGAAGGAAUUGAGACACAGUACUUUGCAGAACUGCUUAUGACAUCAGGAGUUGUGCUGUGUGAAGGCGUCAAGUGGCUUUCCUUCCACAGUGGAUAUGACUUUGGCUAUCUAAUCAAAAUCCUGACAAACUCUAAUUUACCUGAAGAAGAGCUGGACUUCUUUGAGAUACUGCGAUUGUUUUUCCCUGUCAUCUAUGAUGUCAAGUAUCUCAUGAAGAGUUGUAAAAAUCUGAAGGGUGGACUACAAGAAGUGGCUGAACAGUUAGAGCUUGAAAGGAUAGGACCACAGCAUCAGGCAGGAUCUGAUUCUUUACUCACAGGAAUGGCCUUUUUCAAAAUGAGAGAAAUGUUCUUUGAAGAUCACAUCGAUGAUGCCAAAUACUGUGGCCACUUAUAUGGCCUUGGUUCGGGGUCAUCUUAUGUACAAAAUGGCACAGGAAAUGCAUAUGAAGAAGAAGCUAACAAACAGUCAUGACAUGAAGAGAAAGGCCGUCUUUUUUGACCUCCACAUGCUUGUAUAUAGGUUUUAUCUCUGGUUGAAUCCCUUGGACAAUAAGGCUUUUUCCCCCUUUCUCGGCACACUUUCUUUUCUGCCUUUCUAUGUACUAAACUUGACUGUUCCUAUCACAGAUUUUGAUCUUACUAUUGAUAUGUAAAAUUUUCUGGGUUACAUUGUGGCCUCAUUUGUAAAGAAGCAUGUAUAGGGGUCAGUGUGGCAGAGUGAAGGGGGAAGAUAAAUCAUAAUGAAUAGUCUGGUAAACUUACCUAUAUUGAUCAUACAAGGUUGUUUUGUCUCUUUCCCUACUCUUCCUCUAAGUCAACUGGCACUGAUUGUAACUAACAUCCCCAUUCAUGUCUGUUCCUUUCAGUAUGCAGGUGUUUUAGCUAUUCAAGAUUGUGGACCAUCAAAUUUGCACUUUAGAGAGUGACUCUGACUCAGAUCCUCUGUCUUAUUUGAAGUUUUGUUUUGUGUCUUUCUUUUACCCUCAGCUAGAAAACAAUCAUCUGCCAAGUUCAGCAGCUUCAUGCUGCAUUUCCUUGGUAUCUCAACCCACGGAACAUGACUUACUUUGCUGCAUAACCUGUUUGUUCCAGCAAAGCAAACUACUGAAAUCAUAGUAACUGCUGUUAGUUUGCUGGUGUUCAGUCAUCUUCAAACACGUCCUGCACGUGUCAACUGCUGGUUGACCUGCUGCUUUAAAACAUGAGGAGGGAAAGAAGCUUUUACAAACAGCUUUACACCCUUCAGGAAAAGAACAGCUAUGACAUCAGCAUUUUUGCCAUUAAGCUGAGAGCUGAAGGCUAUUGGAAUAGGAGUUUUGUAAUGGCUUACUUCCCUUGAUCAACUUCUUAGCUUUUAUUCUACUAAAGUACACCUCAGAUUUUUUAUGAAGUCCUAUUUAUUAUGUACUUGAUUUGACGAUUUUUUUGGAAGUCAGUUUAGUUGAAGAUAUAAAACCCAAAGAUCUGAAGAAAAAAAAAACCUAUUUAAUUGAAUUAGAAGGACAAUUAAAUCAUGCUUUUUUGGUAGUUGCUACAGAGACAUGUUACAGAUAUUUGUUGUGAAACAACAAAAUAUAACUUAUAGCUAAUAAAGUUACCUGAGGAGUGUAAUGCUAGUUUAUUUUUUGGAGUAUAUCUUAGCAAUAUAUUUUAGAUAUAUUGUUCUAAAGGACCCUGAAGUACAUUCUGAACUCUGCAUAGCACGUGUGCAGAAGAGCAGUUGUGCAGGAAGGAUUUUUGGUAUUGAAUAGCUAAAUACUAACCUGAAAUGAUGGAACGUGCGACAUUGUGAGCGUGCCCGCGCGCGUGUGUGUGUGUGUGCCUGUUCCACACGGGAAUCCAUGGCAGAAGAAUCUCCAGAUGUUUGCCAAAUGACUGUGUUUUACCUUGUACUUUAAAUCAACAGAUCAGACACUUUUUUUCCCCUUCAUUGGGUUACGAUGAUGUAACUGGGUGGUCCUUUUUAAACGACAAAUAAUUUGCAUAACAGAGGGUAUUUGUUUUUAAAGCUUUUGUAAAUAAAGGCCUAAGAAAUGUUUUCUUACAUAA